AUGACGACGGGCGACAAGCACAACGACGAUGAAGCUGUGAACCGGAACAGCCUUGCUCCAGUCGCAGCUCUCCAACAAUUUUACGAUGAGUUAGACCUCAUGAGCCCUGAAGAAUAUGCAUUAAAGGAAAAGAAACUCGUUCGAAAGAUCGAUCUUCGACUCAUGCCCUUACUCUUUCUCAUGAUUGUGAUGAACUAUCUUGACCGGAAUGCUUUGGCGAAUGCGCGGAUCCAAGGAAUUGAAAAGUCACUACACCUUCAUGGUACUCAGUUCAACACGGCAAUAAGCGUUCUCUUCGCUGGGUACCUCGCUCUCCAGAUUCCUUCGAAUAUGAUCAUCACAAAAGUCAGACCCUCGAUCUACCUCCCAUCUUGCAUGAUCGUCUGGGGCGUAGUAUCUGGAAUGACUGCUGUUGUGAAAGACUUCCACGGUCUGGUAGUCGUUCGUUUCUUUCUUGGUUUUGUAGAAGCGCCUUACUUUCCAGGAGCGCUCUUCCUACUAUCAUCAUGGUACACCCGUAAAGAACUUGCGCUUCGCACUUCAAUUCUCUAUACUGGCUCACUUCUGUCCAGCGGAUUCGGUGGUCUCAUUGGAGCAGGUGUUCAGCACGGGCUGGAUGGGGCGAGAGGGAUAGCCUCGUGGAGGUGGCUCUUCGUCAUCGACGGUGCCAUCACAGUUUUUAUCGCCAUCACUGCUCUGUUUAUACUUCCUGACUACCCACACACCACCAAAUUUCUGUCAGGGGAAGAAAAGGCUAUCGCCACCCGCCGGCUCGAGACUUCAUCUGGAACUAACGAUACUGAGCGCGGCUCGCUCCUAAGCGGUCUCAAAAUGGCGUUGGUAGAUUACAAAGUCUGGCUCCUAGCUCUCAUUGUCAUCACUAAAACUUCAGCUGGUGCUGUAACGUCCUUCAUCCCAACUUUGGUGGCAACGCUCGGUUACAACCAAGUCAACACAUUACUACUUGUAGCACCUCCUUACGUCUUCGCCGCCAUUACAGCUUUAGCUGUCUCCUACAGCUCUGAUCAGAGAGGAGAGCGCUGUUACCACAUCAUGGUGCCCAUAUUCUUUGGCAUGGUUGGAUUCAUUAUUGCUGCUACGACACUCAACUUUACUGCUCGGUAUAUCUCCCUUUUCCUAAUGCUCGCGGGUGUGUACGGCAGCUACAAUGUAGCGCUUGCUUGGAUCUCCAGCACUCUACCAAGACCUAUUGAGAAACGUGCUGCGGCAAUUGCGUUGGUAAAUACCGUUGGGAACCUUGCUCAGAUCUACAGCCCAUACCUAUAUCCCUCUACCGAUGGUCCAAGGUAUCUGAACGCAAUGAUUGCGAACGCCUGCUUUUGUGUUGGCUGUGCAGCGGUUACAUUUACCCUCCGUCUCUGUUUGGUCAAUGAGAAUAAAGCACUCGCUGUUACCGAGAGAGAGUUUGCAAAUGGCCUCCAGGAAGAGAAGGUGGUAGUGGAGGAAAUUCCUUAUGUUUCAAAUCCAGAGGUUUUUGCGGCUCAUACUCCUGGUUUCCGAUAUGCUCUGUAG